GCAGGCACUUGCUCACGAGCCGAAGUACAACAUGACGCCCAUCAUCGAGUGCCUGAACAUGCCCUUGUCGAACUCGUACCUGGAGACGAAUGACAACUCGACAAAUCCUCUGCCUCUUUCUCUUGCGCUAGCGAACAAGACGAGCUCAUCCGGGUCUGCAUCAGGUUCCGCCGGCAGCGCCAGUGCAAGUGGCACAAGUGGCAGCACCACAGGGUCCGAAAAGAGUGGUGCUCUGUCCUCUUUUGUCGCCAGCCCGGCGCUUGUCAACGCUGCUGUCGGUUUCCUUGCCGGAAUGGGCGCAAUUUUGCUUUAAGCACGUCGCCCGGCGCGGUGGGUGGAAUCCCUCAUGCAGGCCUUUUGUGAACCUUCCCGCUUCGAAGACACUGCCUAUCAUCGAAGAAGCGUACAUGCCUUGGCGUCCCCACAUUUAUUCAUAGACGUGCACGCUUCUCGCAUUGCAUCUUCCGGAUUGGUACAUUCGCAUUUCUGCCAAGCAUUCCACCGCAAUACGGUGCCUUUUAGCUUAAUGUCUAGCGGACUACACUUAACCUAGUUUCAUAAUCGUACAUGAUGUUUGGCUUGGCG